AUGCCACCUAAGGAAAAGAAGAAUAAGGAAGAUAGGCCAUAUAAGUGUACCAUGUGUGACAAGGCCUUUCAUAGGCUAGAGCAUUUGACUAGACACAUUAGAACUCAUACUGGAGAAAAGCCACAUCCUUGCACGUUUCCAGGAUGUACUAAGAAGUUUUCAAGGUCUGACGAAUUAACAAGACAUUUAAGAAUACAUAAUAAUCCUACUUCAAGAAAAAAGAACAGAGCUGCUGGUAAUUAUAAUAUUGAUUCCGAUAAUGAACCAAAUAAAUCAAUGAACCAACUGACACAAUCACCUCAGGUUUAUACCCAAAUGCCUACUGCUGCUAUACCAGUCACUAUUGACAGAAAUGGAAAUCACAUCUACCACCAACCAUACCCCGUAUAUUUUAUUCCACAAGCACAACAAACGUCUCAACUGCCGGUUCAAUCCCCUCCACAACAACAGCAAGGAACUGCCUAUCAAACUCAAACACCGCCUGUAUCGAUUAACCCCCGUCCUUACCAACAACAACAACAAUCAGCCGUAUUUUCCUUACCAUCAUCGCCUACGAACUUCCUGUUAGUCAACCAGAUGGGCCAUCAACAACAGCAACCCCAACAGUCUCAACAACAAUCUCAACAAACAAAUUCUCUUCGUAAGGCUUUAUCUUCUGAAACUAUCAAAUUACCUUCAAUAAAUUCAAUAAACCCCAAAUCACCCACUUCUAGAGGUCAUCCAAUAUCAAACUCGGGUUCUACUACAUCAAUAACAUCUGGAAAUCAUGUAUUUAGCCAAGCCAGUAGCAUUUCAAGUGGAAAUUCUGCUCCUCAUUCGUUAAGUACAACCCCUGAUAAUUAUAGCAAUGGCUCUACCAUAAGCAAUCAAUCGCUAUCAAAUUUAAAGGAUUACUUUCACCAAAAUCAUCUGAAGCCGAAUAAUAAACUUUUCAAUGCUAGCUCAAAUUCAUUAUCUUCCAUGUCAGGAAAAAUGAAAUCAUCGUCAGCUACCAAUUUGGCAUCUUUAAAUAGUUUAUCGUUGCAAAGAUUAACACCUAUCAAACCUUUAAAUUCAAAUACCAGAAGCAAUAAUAACACACAUUCUACCACAUCAGUUCCUACAUAUUCUUCCAAUGUUACUAAGCAAAAUUCAUCGACCUCAUUGAAUCUUGAAUUUUACAUGCCUUCAGCUAAGAAAUCGAGACCAAAUUCCCCAGUACAAUUACCAAGUGCUCAUUCGAGCUCUUCUAUGCACCAACCCCAAGGUUACUCACAUAAUGACGCUACAUACUUCAUGCUGCAUGCACCAACUAACCCUGCCUUUAUGAUAUCGCCAAAUGAAACUCCACUACAGACCCCAUCACAAUCUCCUCAUUUGGGUCCUCAACAAGCACUUCUGGAUAAAUCUAUGAACUCGCUUAAUUUACUUAACGCAGCAGCCCAAAACUUACAACAGCAUGAGAACAGUACUCCAUCCACCCCCAACGAAGAAACCAUUGCUACCACAGGAACACAAUUACCUCCAAUCAGAUCGGUGUUAGAUUUCGUUAAAUUGCAUAAAUAA